UCUCCUUGGCCGCCAUGUUUCUGCAAAGUGUACGGAGUGUAUCGAGAAGUGCUCUUAGAACAGGCCAUUUGGCCCGUGCAUUAAGGCAGAGCCAACGAGUAACACUUKCAGCUUGUUACAAAUUAAGCAGCCAACGUUAUGUUUCUACGAAUAAGCCGGUGUCCGCGGCCGCUGCUGCUCAGGCUAGUCAGAAGCCAACUACACCUCCAGCUACUAAGGCUGGUGCAGUAGGAAAGGUUGUGGCAGUCAUUGGUGCUGUUGUAGACGUACAAUUUGAAGAUGGACUUCCUCCAAUUCUAAAUGCUUUGGAAGUUGAAAAUCGUAGUCCAAGAUUAAUUCUUGAAGUGGCUCAACAUUUAGGUGAAAAUACUGUACGAACAAUUGCCAUGGAUGGUACUGAAGGUUUGGUUCGUGGACAAAAGUGUGUUGACAAUGGUGGACCUAUUUCUAUCCCUGUUGGUCCAGAAACAUUAGGAAGAAUUAUGAAUGUCAURGGAGAAGCAAUUGAUGAACGAGGKCCUAUUCCAACUGAAAAGAGAGCAGCCAUUCAUGCUGAAGCCCCAGCAUUUGUUGACAUGGGUACAGAACAAGAGAUCUUGGAAACUGGAAUUAAAGUUGUAGAUCUUCUUGCUCCCUAUGUGAAAGGAGGAAAAAUCGGUUUGUUUGGAGGUGCUGGUGUAGGCAAAACUGUGCUUAUUAUGGAGCUUAURAACAAUGUUGCCAAAGCCCAUGGUGGUUAUUCAGUGUUUGCUGGUGUMGGAGAAAGAACCCGUGAAGGCAAUGACUUGUAUCAUGAAAUGAUCAUGUCUGGUGUCAUCAAUCUCAAAGAUAAGAGUUCCAAGGUGGCUCUUGUUUAUGGACAGAUGAAUGAACCACCAGGUGCCCGUGCUAGAGUAGCUCUAUCUGGUUUGACUGUUGCUGAAUAUUUCCGUGAUGCUGAGGGGCAGGAUGUGCUUCUGUUUAUUGAUAACAUUUUCCGUUUCACACAAGCUGGUUCUGAGGUGUCUGCUUUACUUGGACGUAUCCCAUCAGCUGUAGGAUACCAACCCACUCUAGCCACUGACAUGGGAACUAUGCAGGAACGAAUCACCACAACCAAAAAAGGAUCCAUUACAUCAGUACAGGCUAUUUAUGUGCCAGCUGAUGACUUGACUGAUCCUGCUCCAGCUACAACCUUUGCUCACUUGGAUGCAACCACUGUCUUGUCACGUGGUAUUGCUGAGUUAGGUAUCUACCCUGCUGUUGAUCCUCUUGAUUCCAUCUCUCGUAUUAUGGAUCCAAAUAUUGUUGGUACAGAGCACUAUGAAACAGCCCGUGGUGUACAGAAGAUCCUCCAGGACUACAAGUCAUUACAAGACAUUAUUGCUAUUCUUGGUAUGGAUGAAUUGUCAGAAGAUGACAAGCUUACCGUUGCUAGAGCACGUAAGAUACAGAAGUUCCUCUCACAACCUUUUGUAACCGCUGAGGUAUUCACUGGUCACAAGGGAAAACUUGUGCCUCUUAAGGACACCAUUUCUGGCUUUGGAAAGAUCCUCAAAGGUGAAUAUGAUCAUCUACCAGAAGUAGCAUUUUACAUGAUUGGAGACAUAGAAGAGGCUGUAGCAAAGGCUGAAAGACUGGCCGAAGAGGCUGGCUAGAUUCUUAUUUGUUCGUGAAUUGUAAAUCUUUGUAUGGUUUUCCUUCAUUUUUCAAGACCAUGGUGGUUGAAUGAAUAAUUUUUGUGAUCAUUAAAUACGCGGUCAUUUUUGUGAAGAUGGUGUAUUUUAUUGCAAGGUCUCAUUGUGAAAACAAUAAACUAAAAGUAAUGUUUUA